AUGGGCGGCCCCUACGCCCCCAUCGGCGCGCGACGGAGCCGACGACGGCUGCCCCUGGCGGCCCUGGGCCUCGCCGCCGUCGCGGGCGUCGCGGGCCUCGCCUACUACCGCCGCGGCGGGGCCGCGCCGCCCGCCCUCGCCGCGGCGGCCGCCGCGGCGUCGUCGGAGCCGUCGAUCACCGUGCGCAACGACCACGGCGCCUGGCGGUCGACGACGGCCUACCCCUGGAGGUACGUCGUCGAGCCCUUCCGGCGGACGACCAUCGAGGUCGCCGGGAGCAACUCCUACGUGCUCGCGGUCGGCCACGUCGGCGCGACGGGCCGGAGCGCGUCUCGCGACGGCGCGGCCAACGCCGCGCGGCCCGCGGCGAGCCACGCCGUCAUCUCGUCGGCGUCGAACGUCAUCGAGGUCGAGUUCUACCGCGUCGCCGGCGACUACGAGCUCUUCCUCGCCGACGAGACGACGCGCGCCGAGACGACGGUGAAAUUGAAGUGCAAGUACGUGCGGCGGGAGAUCCGCGCGCUGGGCGACGACGAGCGCGCGAAGCUCUUCGGCGCCAUGAGCGAGGUGCACCGCCUCGGCCACGCCGAGGGCCGGGCCAAGUACGGCAAGAAGUUUUCGAACUACGAGAGCCUGACGGCGAAGCAUCUGGACCGGCGGAGCCUGCUGGGCUGCACGCCCUACCACGGCCACGACGUCUUCCUCACGGCCCACGCGGCCUUCAACCUCGAGUUCGAGCAGGCGCUCCAGACCGUCGACGCGUCGCUGAGCAGCCCCUACUGGGACUACACGCGGGACGACGCGGUCUACGGCAAGGACUGGGCCGCGGACAGCGAGCUUUUUACCGAUGCCUACUUUGGGUCCUACGCGACGGCGGACCACGUCAUCUCCGGCGGGCCCUUCGCCUUCGCGCCCGUCGCCGCCGAGGGCGCGCUCGGCGUCUACGACUGGCCGGAGACGAACGCGUACGGGAAGCUCACGGAGCGGUGGAACGGCGCCGCGGACAAGUACGUCGCGCGCGCGCGGACCGUCUGCGGCCUCGAGACGAAGGCGCGCCUGCCCGGGUGCGCCAACCUGCGGGACGUGCUCAAGUCGGCGAACGACACGCGGCCCUUCGGGCUGCUGAGCGGCUUCCACAGCGCCGUGGAGAACGAGUUCCACUCCGUGCUGCACGGGGCCAUCGGCGGCGCCUGGGACUGCACCAUGACCGACGGCACGUCGCUGGACCUCGGCGCCUUCGUCGAGAAGUGGCCGGCCGCGCGGACGGCCGUCGAGACGAUCGCGACCUAUAUCCAAUUGCUAUGGCGCGCGGAGCUCAACGACGACGUCGGCUGCGACUUCGGCGACUGCGCCUACAACGUGCGCUGCCCGGCGAAGGACUCGUGCGUCGAGGGCGGCGACUGCCGCUGCAAAAGCGACGCGUUCGACGCGGCCUACGACAAGGUCCGGGGCGACGCGCUCGCCGAGGAGCGGCUCGCGCACGAGGUCCUCAACAAGAACAGGAUCUACAGCGAGAUCUUCCACGCCCAGGACAAGGUCAUCCUCUGGGCGAACACGUCGGACGCGGACCGCGGCGGAUUCCACCACGACGUCUUUUUCCUCGACGGCGACGGCGCGCCUUUGGACGCGGCGGCGAAUUCGGAGCUCAAGGUCCUGCUGGUGAAGCUCCUCAUGAACCCGGCGUCCGUGGGGCCCUUCACGACGCCCCUCGCGGCGCCCAACGACCCCUUGUUCUGGUCGAGCCACUCGAACUGGGAGCGGCUCUGGCACUACGUGCAACUCGACGGCGCGUACGCGAUGCCCGCGGGCGCCGCGAAGCUCGAGGGGCUGUGGGACUACGUCCACGCCGUCCCCCAGCUCCGCAACGGCACGUGCUGGGGCGUCUACUGGGCGUCGAAGCUCCCCUUCAGUAGCUUCACGAACCACAGCGACUUUACGGACUACACGAACGGCGAGCUCGUCCAGCUCUUCGACCCGCGCAACGACGAGCUGCCCUUCGUCUACGACGACAUGGCGACCAUGCUCGACCACUGCCCGGACGCGCCGAAGAAGACGGACGUGAAGCUGAUCUAA